AUGGAGAUUCAGGAAGACGAAGCCAACCUGGUCAAGCAAGCAUCCGAUGCUAGAGAACGGCGGAAGCUACAGAAUCGUCUGGCGCAGAGAAACUUUCGCCGUCGACAGUGUCUCAAGGCAAAGCAGCAGCAACAGGCCCAACAGACGCAAACCACAGACAUCGUUCAGAUACCUACAAACUCAGGGACUACGACUGACGUAGCCCAUCAGUCGCCCUUCCUUCCCGAUGACGCCCUUCAAGAAGUACGAGCAGCCCCGCCCCCACGAGAGACCGCGCAAAGCACAGGUCAACCCAGAUCAGACGAGCCUACCGCAUAUCCACCAAUACCACCGCUUCCGAACCUUGAAACUUAUUCCGAGAAUGCAAAGUAUACCGGCCCCGGUGGCCCCAUAUCUCCUGUUUCCUUUCCGCUCUUUUGCUCGCCAGAAGAACUGUGGAUAGAUCGACCGGGUGAUCGGCCGCAAGUGGACGGGUCCGAGGUCUAUCAAUCGACCUUUGCCAGUAAUGACAGGACAGCCGUCUCCCUACACUCAGCCCCGCACAGUGCGGGUUCUUUUCCGAAGCAUCCCCCAUCUGAGCCCAUGGAGAAGACCCUUGCGUCGCCCGACCUGCGAUCGUUAGCAAGCAGGAAACGCCGACAACCGUCCGAGCACGACCAUGGAGAUCAAGAGCGGCGCCAAUCCACCUCCCCUCGGCGCCUCUCUGCCCACCUCUUCACUCCCCCCGACACCUCAAUGUCUUUCAGCGAUCCCCAGUCCCCCGAGACGUGCGAAGGGAAGAUGACGCUCCACAUCUGCGCCGAGAAAGGCUACGCCAACGUCCUCCGCUUCCUGCUCAAGUACGGUGCGGAAAUUGAUGCCACCGAUAGCCUCGGUCGCACAGCCUUGCACUACGCAGCCCUGAAAGGCCACGUUAGUUCGGUCUGUGCGCUGCUAGAGCAAGGGGCCGACACUGAGUGUACUGAUGAGUUCGGGCUCAACCCGCUGCAUGUGGCUGCGCAGAAUGGGCAUGAGGCGGUGGUGCGGAUGCUUGUUUGUGAGGGGGCGGAUCUGAAUGCUCGGGUCCGGAUUCGGGGUCGGGCGUUGUCGCAGCCGCAGUUGGGUUUGUGUUAA